AUGGCGACGGCGGAUUCCGAUGGUAUCGCACCGCCUCACGAGGAGGAUUCUUCCGACUCUGUUCCCGAUUCUUCCAACGCUAUCGUUUCCGCCACUACUUCCGUUUGUCUACUCCGUACCGCCAGUGACACCGGCGGCGGCGCUUUAAUGGGUUCCGUUUUUGGAUUCGGUACUGGAUUGUACAACAAGAAAGGUUUUAAAGGAUCCUUUGUAGAAGCAGCAUCUCAGGCAAAGACAUUUGCAGUAUUGGCUGGAGUUCAUAGUUUGGUUGUUUGCAUCUUGAAAAGACUUCGAGGAAAGGAUGAUGUCAUUAACGCUGGAGUAGCUGGAUGCUGCACUGGACUUGCUCUAAGUUUUCCAGGUCCGCCACAAGCUCUUCUGCAGAGCUGUCUCACUUUUGGAGCAUUUUCUUUUAUCAUGGAUGGGAUAAACAAACCGAGGCCAGCACUUGCACUUCCCACGUCCUGGAAAACAAGGGUGCAAUACAAUGCACGACUUCCCUCGAUACUCCCCCUUCAAUUCCCUCUUCCAAAUGAAAUGAAAGAAGCUUUCUCCUCUUUCUCAGAGUCUCUAAAAAAGCGCAGCAAGGGAGCUUAUCCUACAUCUCGAUAA